UAAGCAAAACGGAUAUGGGAAUUUGUAGAUUUUGUGCAUUUGAUAAAUGUUAAAUGUUUUAUAAGUUUUAAGAGGUGGCACAUUAAAUAAGGAAUACACAAAAUGAAGCUGCCCGUCAUGUGCCGCACUUGCGAUGCAAGAGACACGGAUAAACUGUACAAGUUGGCGACGGCCACCAAAAGGUUUCCGGAUAAACUGCUCUCCGACAUUUUAGCUGAAUUGACGCACAUCGAUGUAAACGACGCUUUGGCUCAGCGGCUUCCCCAGUGUCUGUGCGGCACCUGCGCAAGGAAACUCAUCGGUGCUUAUUACUACAUAAAACAGGCGCUGGCUGCCAAUGAGCUGUUGAUGAACCAUGUCAACAACGGUGACAAGGCCGUGACCAAUGACUGCUUACAGGAGGUGCCCAUGGAGCUAUGUGCCGAGCAGCAUGUUGAGGUUAAAUUGGAAACAGAGGAAGAAGAAGUUGAUAACGAUAUAACCUGCACAGAACUGCCCGAGUUCACCACAGUACAAAAUGCCAAUGAUAAUGUGGACAGCACAGUGGAAAGUGAUCAUGAUAACAAGAAAUCUACAGAUCCACUGACAAUGCUUGAUUUAGUUAAACAGGAAGAGGAUGGCAUUUCCACAAAGGCUGCAAUUGUCCAGGAGCAUAAAUAUAAGGCUGAUCAUAAUGAAGACGAUUCUCUCGAUGAUUUGCCUUUACAACAGCGUGUACAAAAGUGGAAGCAGACGGACAAACUGCGAGGGAUUAAAAGACAGAUAUUUGCAUGCAAGGAAUGCCCAAAGAGCUUCAAACGUCCUAGGUAUCUAAAGCAGCAUUCCUCGCGCGUUCACAAAUCAAAGUCUGAUUGGUACUCCUGCUCCUUCUGCAUACGUAAAUUUAGUCACAGUGCAGCUCUACAGGCGCAUUUAAAGGUACACGGAGACUCGAAGCGAUCGGCCAAUUUGGGCGAGAGUAAAAAGGCCAAGGAUAUUGAUGUAAAUGUGUGCAAGCCACAUGGCUACAAACUCAUCGAGUGCAUGAUCUGUCAGAGCCAAUACGAUAAGAUUGCCCACCUAAGACGGCAUUUGGAACAGCAUCCGGAAAUUGUUAACUUUGGUGCACGCUCCAAUAUGGAACCAAAUGAGCUGGCCGAACUCUUUUAUCCCGAUGCCAAGGAUGUGAGCGAGAGUCAAUUGAAGCAACUCAUUCGUAAAGACUUGGCGGCUGGCAUUUAUCAGCGUUUCUAUUCGAUAACGAACCAAUCGGGCUAUGAAAUGGAUCUGGACAGCUCCGAAACAGAGAGCGAGGCCGAACUGGAUGGCGAUGAGCAGUCGCGGCAGCAGCGUAGCAUUCCCAAAGCCAAAUACGGUUGCGAGCUGUGCCAGGAGCGUUAUCAGCGCAAGUAUCAGCUGUAUGAGCAUCAGCGUCAGACGCAUGCCUGGCUGGAUGCACCUCAUGUCUGUGGUCGCUGUGAUGCUCGCUUUGUCAGCCUCCAGCUGCUGAGGCAUCACAAUGAGUCGCAGUGCAAGAACUCCCAGAAACGUUUCCUGUGCCACAAAUGCCCGUUGCGUUUUCGUUGGCGGCAUAAUCUCAAGGUUCACAUAAGGGAGCACAGAAUCACAAAUCAAACAUUCGAGUGUGCGGACUGUAAGCGCGUCUUUGACAAGAAGAAAUCUCUGACGGUUCAUUUACUAAGUGUGCAUGCCGAGCAAUCGAAACUGAUACCAUGUCAGUGGUGUACUCGCAAGUUCUAUCGUCGGGACUAUCUGGUUAAGCAUCUGAAGCGACACGGCAUCCGGGAGCAGGAUAUUCCGCUGGCCGAGACGCUCAUUGCGGCCACAUCGAAGCCAAAUGGAGCCAAACGAAUCACUUGCAAGAUCUGUAACAUGCACUUUGAGCGCAUCAUCGAUCUGCGUGCUCAUAUUCAGCUGGAACUGAAGCUGGCGCUGUCACUGCAUCAGAACUACGAUUCACCGCAAAACUACUCCAUAACGAAUGAAUCCGGGUAUGAGCUGCAGCUAGGCGAUUCCGAGACCGAGGAUGAAAUGCAGAUGCAGUCAACACCGGCCAACCAGUCAACUUCACGUCUUGUCUACAUCUGUGAGCUGUGCAAGGUGCAAUGCCGGCGGAAGUACGAGAUGAUACAACACCAGCGUACCAUGCAUCGGUUUGACAAGAUGCCACACGAGUGCGAAAUCUGCAUCUUUAAGUGUGUCUGCAAGAGCAUCAUGGAUCAGCACAGGCAAUCGCAGUGUCACAGCGCCGAGAAGAAAUAUGCGUGCAGCAGAUGCAGCUACAAGUUUAUGUGGCCCGAGAAUCUGCAGCAACAUAUGCAACUGCAGCACGGCGGCAUGGAACGAGCCCCAAGUGCCGAUCGUAUACCCGAUGAUCCAGGCGAUCCGGGGGUGGAUCCGACCCUACAGCUACUGCAAUGCCCGCACUGCGAUCGCACCUAUCAAAUGAAAUCACGACUGAACAACCACAUCAGGGAUGUGCACAUCAAUGGCGAUCGCAAGCGCAAGGAGGCCAUCAAGAAGUUCCUAUGCUCGCUGUGUGGCCGCGAGACGCAAUCGGCUGCCUCCUUAGUCACUCACAUGCGUCGUCACACCGGCGAGAAGCCCUUCAAGUGCGAUCUCUGCGAAAUGGCAUUUCCCCGGCACUCGGAAAUGAUAUCGCAUCGUCGCAUGCACACAGGAGAGAAGCCAUUCCACUGUACCGUAUGCGGCAAGGACUUUGCCCGCUCCGACAAACUGAAACGGCACAUGCUGACCCACAGCGGACUGAAGCCGCACAAGUGCACCUACUGCGAUAAGAGCUAUCGCCAGGCCAAGGAUCUGAAGCUGCAUUUGCAGCAGCACACCGGCGAAUGUCCCUUCAUCUGCGGCACAUGUGGUGAGCGGUUCAUUCAGGGCACAGCGCUGGAGAAGCACCGCAUGAUGCGGCGUCACUUUGACGAAGUGGACGAACGCGUCUCCACACAAGCGUUAAACUGAUCAGCCGAUCAGCAGCCAAACAAUCACUUUGUUUAUCUAGUUUAAAUAUAAUUUGAUGUUUUUAUUAAUUGACUGGCUUCGAUGCCUAUAGAAAUAUCUAAAUUGAAAUAUGUA